AUGCUAUCUCUGGUGUCCAAGAACAAACCGGCCAUCUCUGCCUCAGUCCUGGCCUCCGCUCGAAUAAUUAGACUGGCCUCGACAUCUGCUACGGCCACCACAUCCGCUACAUCACCUACAUCCUCUUCCAAACCUGAAACUUCCGCUGUAAAGAGAUCGGGCACGGGUCCCAUGUCUUUCAAGACCCGCAAAGCCAUCGAGACUGAAUACAACGAUAAACCAACCGUAGUAAUCCUAGGCUCAGGUUGGGGCGCCAUCUCUUUCUUAAAACAUAUAGAUACAAAAAGAUAUAACGUAUCCAUCAUAUCACCAAGAAAUUACUUCCUGUUCACUCCAUUACUACCUUCUGCCCCCGUAGGAACUGUAGAUGAAAAAUCUAUCAUCGAACCAGUGGUAAAUUUCGCUCUGAAGAAAAAGGGGAACGUCACUUAUUAUGAGGCAACCGCUACAUCUAUUAACACAGAUAGAAAUACAGUCACCAUCGACUCACUUUCCAACGUGGCAAGUUUAAAUGGAAGCAGCAAAUCUUCCAAUAUUGCUGCAUUACAACAAAAUGAUUCCGCCGAAGUUAAAUACGAUUAUUUAAUCACUGCCGUCGGUGCAGAACCAAAUACUUUUGGUAUCCCAGGUGUAGAAAAAUAUGGGAACUUCUUAAAGGAAAUCCCACAUUCUUUACAAAUUAGAAAGAAAUUCGCUGCUAACUUGGAUCAGGCAAAUAUGUUACCUCCAGGUGAUCCAGAAAGGAAAAGAUUAUUAUCCAUUGUAGUGGUCGGAGGUGGACCUACAGGUGUGGAAACUGCAGGUGAAUUACAAGAUUAUGUUAAUGAAGAUUUAAGAAAAUUCUUACCUAGUCUUGCUGAUGAGGUACAAAUUCAUUUGGUCGAGGCAUUACCCAUUGUCCUGAACAUGUUUGAAAAAAAAUUAUCUUCAUAUGCUCAAACUGUUUUGGAAAAGACUUCAAUUAAGAUUCAUUUGAAAACUGCGGUUUCUAAAGUGGAAGCAAAUCAUCUGGUAGCAAAGACCAAGAAUGAUGAUGGCACAACUACUGAAGAGACAAUCCCAUACGGUACUUUAAUUUGGGCUACAGGGAAUAAGGCAAGACCCAUCGUCACUGAUUUAUUUAAAAAAAUCCCCGAACAAGCUAAAAAUACAAGAGCUUUAACCAUUAAUAAUUAUUUACAAGUUAUUGGUACUAAAAAUGUCUUUGCCAUUGGAGAUAACGCAUUCAUUGGAUUACCACCAACGGCACAAGUGGCACAUCAACAAGCUGAAUAUUUAGCUAAAUCUUUCGAUAAGAUGUCACAAUUACCUCAAUUCCAUGAAAAAUUAGCAAAUAGGAAAAAUAAAUAUGAUUUAUUAUUUGAAGAAAAUAAAUUCAAAAAAUUUAAUUAUAUUCAUUUCGGUGCAUUAGCAUACUUGGGUUCAGAAAAGGCAAUUGCAAAUAUUACUUAUGGUAAAAGAUCAUUAUAUACAGGCGGUGGUUUAAUCACUUUUUACAUUUGGAGAUUAUCCUAUUUGGCAAUGUUAUUAUCGGCAAGAUUAAGAUUCAAAGUCAUUACAGAUUGGAUGAAAUUAGCAUUCUUCAAGAGAGAUUUCUUUAAGGGAUUAUAA